AGGCCCUUUGUGCUCCCAGAAUGCACCAGCUUCUCCUCCGCGGGAAACAAAAAUGGCGAGGGGCUACGGUGGAGCCGGGCUGUCUGUGAAGCGGGUCUGACCCCUCCCCCGCCGCCUUUCCUCCGCUGCGCCGCGGGGUCCGUGCUCGGGGGGGUCCCUCCGCGCACCGAGGGCCCGGCCGUACCGGGGCGCCGGGGGGAGGCUCCUGAGCUCGCUGAUUUCCCUGUAUGAGGCGGUUGGCACCACUGGAGAGACCGAAUGAGAGACUCUACAGCGGUGGGUAAUUCACUGGUCCAUAAGCGGUCUCCUUUACGUCGAAGCCAUAAGACCUCAGCAUCUCUGACCAAGCUGUCAUUACGUGAUGGACAGAAAGCCAAAAAGCCACUGUGUAAAUUUGAAGAAGGUCAGGAUGUCCUAGCUAGAUGGUCAGAUGGCUUGUUUUAUCUUGGAACUAUCAAAAAGAUAAACAAACUGAAACAGAACUGCUUCAUUAUAUUUGAAGACAGUUCCAAAUCCUGGGUUCUCUGGAAGGACAUACAAACAGGAGCCACUGAAAGUGGGGAAAUGGUCUGUACAAUAUGUCAGGAAGAGUAUUCAGAAGCACCGAAUGAAAUGGUUAUAUGUGAUAAAUGUGGGCAAGGUUAUCAUCAGCUGUGUCACACACCAAAUAUUGAUUCCAGUGUGAUUGAUUCAGAUGAUAAAUGGCUCUGUCGACAGUGUGUUUUUGCAACAACAACAAAGAGGGGUGGUGCACUUAAGAAAGGACCAAAUGCCAAAGCACUGCAAGUCAUGAAACAAACAUUACCGUAUAAUGCAACAGACCUUGAGUGGGAUGCAGGUCAUAAAACCAAUGUCCAGCAGUGUUACUGCUAUUGUGGAGGACCUGGAGACUGGUAUCUAAAGAUGUUGCAGUGCUGCAAAUGUAAGCAGUGGUUUCAUGAGGCUUGCGUGCAGUGCCUCCAAAAGCCAAUGCUUUUUGGUGACAGGUUUUAUACGUUCAUUUGCUCAGUUUGCAGUUCUGGACCAGAAUACCUCAAACGUUUACCCUUGAGAUGGGUAGAUAUAGCACAUCUAUGCCUUUACAACCUAAGUGUUAUUCAUAAGAAGAAAUACUUUGAUUCAGAGCUUGAACUCAUGGCCUACAUUAAUGAAAACUGGGAUAGAUUGCAUCCUGGUGAGCUGGCAGAUACACCAAAAUCUGAAAGAUAUGAGCAUGUACUGGAGGCAUUAAAUGAUUACAAGACCAUGUUUAUGUCUGGAAAAGAAAUAAAGAAAAAGAAGCAUUUGUUUGGCUUGAGAAUUCGUGUUCCUCCUGUGCCACCAAAUGCUGCUUUAAAGGCUGAGAAAGAACCAGAAGGAACUUCUCAUGAGUUCAAAAUUAAAGGCAGAAAAUCAUCUAAACCAAUCCCUGAUGUGAGGGAAUUAAGUAAUGGUCUAGAAAGAAAGGGGAAAAAAAAAUCAGUAGGUCGUCCACCUGGUCCCUAUACAAGAAAAAUGAUUCACAAAACUCCAGAGUCGCCUCCUCUGGAUAAUGAACCAGUUCCAGUGAUAGAGAACCCAGCCUUGGAAUUACCCUGCACUGUUGGGAAAUCUGAUGGAACUGCACAUUCAUCCAAUACCUCAGAUGUGGAAUCCACAGGUGCUGCCAGUAUGAAAGAAACUACCUCAUCUAGCAUUUCCAGACAUUAUAGUUUAUCCGACUCGAGAAAAAGGACUCGUACAGGAAGAACUUGGCCUGCUGCAAUACCACAUUUGAGAAGAAGAGGUCGCUUUCCACGAAAAGCACUCCAGACUCAAAAUUCAGAAAUUGUAAAAGAUGAUGAGAGCAAAGAAGAUUACCAGUAUGAUGAACUCAAUACAGAGAUACUUAACAACUUGGCAGAUCAGGAGUUACAGCUCAAUCAUCUAAAGAACUCUAUUACUAGUUAUUUUGGUGCAGCAGGUAGAAUAGCUUGUGGGGAAAAAUACCGUGUUUUGGCUCGUCGGGUGACACUUGAUGGAAAGGUGCAGUAUCUUGUGGAGUGGGAAGGAGCAACUGCAUCCUGACUGUAGGACUGAACAUUAUGUUCACUGCACUGUCAUCUGUAAGUACAGUUCAUAAUGCAGAGCCACGACAGAAAUGUGUCUUUAAGUGUGUUUCUAAAAACAAAACAAAACCAGUUUAGCCUUAACAUGUAAUUGUUAUCAUUACAGUUCUUGUGAUAAAGACUUAUCUUUUUAAAACCUGAUCUGAAACUUAAAUUUUUUAAUCUGAACAUUGUUAGAUUGUUUUAGGUUGGGAUAUUUUGGGUUACAAUUGCUUAAAAAUGUGCAUGGUGUUUUAAAAAAAAAAAAAAAAAAAGACAUUUUCUAGAGAACAUUCCAUGGAUACAGUUAUUGUGAUUUAGAGAAAAUAUUAUGUAGAUAGCACAAAUAUUUGAAAAAUUUUGGUUUGUUUUCUUACCCAAAUGUUUGCAGAAAUGUAUUUCUAUUUCAAUACUUUCUAGAUUUCAUAAGUGCAGUGUAUAUAAUGCCUACUGAAGACUGUAAAAUACUGAAGUUUUCUUUCAAACAAAGUGUAAAAAAAAAAAAAAAAAGAAAAAAAUAUAUUGAGCCUGUAAAUUGCUCUGUGACCAGACUUCAUUGUCGUCUUAAUAUAUUCUUUGUGUGUGUGUGUGUGCGCAUGUGUGUGCGUAUAUACAUAUGUAUAUAUGCACACACAUACUUGUGCGUGUAUAUAUAUGUGUGAUUGUGACCUAUGCAAUACAAAUUAUGGGAUCGGGCAGCUUCUGAGAAUACAUCCCAUAAUUCUUUUUUCAGGAAUAGUUGCCAGUAUUUACACAGCAGCAUUUCUUCUCAGGCUUAUUGGGUGCUGUUGCUUUCUGUGUACUAAGGAAAAGUGUCAAACCAGUGCAGCGUGUUCUGGCAAUGGGCGCGGUCAUUGAUGUUCAUAUGUUUUAGGUAAUAUAUUCCAUUAUUUUCCAUGUGAAUUAACUGUUAAAAUUUAAUGCAGGAUCUGAACGUUUGGAAGUUAACUCUACUAGAAAUAACAAUAUGAAAGUUAUUGUGGCACACUGAUUGUAAAUUUUGUGUCCCAGUUAUAAACUAAGUUGACGGGAGUCACACACAGGAUUCCUACAUAUCUGUAGAAACAGUCAUAUUUUGAUAAAUGUAGUAUGAACAAAGUGUAUUAUUGCACAGGGUCAACAAACGGUUUGUUGCCAUUUGAAGUAACAUUACUGAUUUUAUUACAACAUUACCUCUUUUGUUUUUAUAAAAUGUACCAACUUUUAAAUUGAUAAGUUUAUUUUACUUGUUUUUAAAAAAAAAAAAGUCAAAAAAGUCAAAAAAGUCUCUUGCCAGUAUUAGAUGUUUUUUCUUUGUCUGCUACUUUUGAGGGGAUUUUAGCCAAAGAGUAAACAGAAGAAUAUUUUUACUUUGGUGGUUAUUCACUGUACUGCAUAAGGUUAGUUUUCUUAUAUGCUUAUAGUUUACCACCAAAAUAAAAUUAUGUAACACUUACAAAUGACAGAGUGGUUUAAAGUGUACUGCCUGGGUUAGUACUUAUUUAUUCCAUUACUUGAUUAUUUGACUUUUUCUGCUCAUCUUGAACAACUUGAAAAGGUGAUUUUUUUUUUUAAUUUUUUUUUUUUCCUGUCACCUUGUAGCCAAAGGAAGCAGAGAAAGCUUUUUAAUCCUGUGCUUGGUUUAUGGCUGGCCGGGUAAUAUUAGCUUUAUAAAAAUGCUAAUUAAAAACUGCCACUUCUGUUUACCUUCACUAAAAUGUGUGGGUUUUUUUUUUCCUCACACCCUCAGCUAUUAAUUUAAUGUUGCCUUGCCUAUAGCUGCAAUAUUUUGAUAACACAGCAACUUCAUGUUAAUUUUUGAAUGUUUAUAUCUUGGGAUAAUGCAAAAUGUAAAGCUUUUGUAACCUUAUUCGUACCAUCUGUAUCUGUCUUUAUUGUUUCACUUUAUCCAAGUCCUUUAAUUCUAACUGAACACCAGCAGUAUUUUUCAUAAAGUUUCAUUUAAAGAUAAAUAUUGGAAUGUACUUGGGGACUUGGGGGUGGGGGUGUGGGGGGGGAGAAAAUAUUUGUCAAACUUAAGCUGUCCAUAGACUUAACUAUUGUGAAUGUCAUUUCAUUUUAUUAAGGUGGUUGACUUGACUCUGAUGUUCAGUUUGUAUUUUUGGAAUUGCUUUUUUCUUAGAAUUAAAAGACCAACAUUAAAUGUGUGUAUUUUUGAGAGAGAAGAAUGAGUUUUGAUUCUGUAUUCUUGUGAACUACAUGCUUGGUGGCAUCCUUCCAUCCAUUGUUUCUCUAACUCUAGCUUUCCUGUCCUGGAGACACUUGCCCUGCACGUAGACACUAAUUAGUGUUCAGCUAUGCUUGAGGGAUGCUUUGUUACAAGGUGUCAUGUACUGGAAAAUGCUGCAGUAGUGCUGCUGAAGAUACAGCUAGGGUAGUAAUUAAAGCACACCUACAAAUGCCUUUCUCUCAUUUUAUGUGAAUUUCAUUGUAUGUAGUAAUGGAGUGUCUAAAGGAAAAAUACAAAUGUUGCUGUACGUAACAAUUUCAGUUUGGUAUGAUUUGAUCAUUGUAUGUAUGCAUGUGUGUAAAUAUAUGUAAUUCAACUUUGUUGUGGUCACUGAUUUAGAACCAUUUCUAUGUGUAUCAGAUUUAAUAUUUUUCCAUUAUGUAUUAUUUGUAUUACAGUAGUAUUUAGGUAGGUGAAGUCUACUGAGGCCAUUCUAAAAAUGUAGGCAUCACAUGAACAAGACAGCAAAGAAAUAAUGGCACAUUACUGGUCAGAAUUGUAAAAUAAUCAUCGUAACAAACUACUUUUCAAAUCAUUGUUCUCAACAAAAACUUCAAGAGGAAUUUUGAAUAAAACCUAUGCUUUUCUAUGCAUAA